AGGCAAGCAUUUGGUGAUUCACAGAUCCUGUUCUGACAAAACAAGAGACCCUCCAGCAUCCAGGAUGAGCAGGUUAGGUCCAUCAAAGGUCCUCCUGUGCUGGGCAGCUCUGCUAAGUGUCUGCAAUGCUGCUCCACAUAACUUUUGCAAAGAUCCAAGCUACAGGACCUCGGGUCCUAAUGAUGCCAAUUCUCUGCUCCCAGUAUGCGAUGGGUCUCCAGGAUUUAUUCGGGUUUCAAGUGGAUCCAGCAGUCAGUCUGGAUCUAUGAGCGGAGGAGGCAGCUCCAGCUUUCAAAGUGGCAGCAUGUCAAGUGGUGGAGGCUCUAGUAGCUCUGGAGGAGGAGGAGGCGGAGGAGGCGGAGGAGGCGGAGGAGGAGGAGGAGGCGGAGGAGGCGGAGGCGGCUACAGCAUAUCUGGAGGAAGCUCUGGAGUUGGAAGUUCAAGUAUCCAGAACAUAUUUUCUUCUUCUGGAGGAGGAGGAGGAGGAGGAGGAGUAGGAGUAGGAGGAGGAGGCUACAGCAUAUCUGGAGGGAGCUCUGGAGUUGGAGGCUCAAAUAGCCAGAACAUUUUUUCUUCUUCUGGAGGAGGAGGAGGAGGAGGAGGAGGAGGCGGCGGAGGCGGUGGCGGUGGCGGUGGCUCUUUUGGCCAGUCCAGCAUGUCCGGAGGAGCAGGGGGUAGUUCAUUUUCUGGAGGUGGAAGCUCAGGUAGCUUAUCUUCAUUCCAUGCAGCUGGAGGAAGCUCUCAGCACACCAGUGUCAUCCUUGCAGGAAAUGUCAACCCUCCUCCAAGACCAGGCAGUGGUGGAGUGGUCAUAGGUUCAUUCGGUCAAAACAGUAUGUCAUCUGGUGGAAGUGGAGGACUAAUUUCAGGAGGAGGUGGCUCAUCUGCGCAAGAUCAAGUCAUCCUUGGAACGAUAAAAUUUGUCCCAAUGCAAGGAGGAGCAGUUGGUGGAGUAGGAAGCGGAGGUUCAUUUGGUCAUGGCGGUUCGGUUUCUGGUUCUUCAGGUGGAGGAGCUUUUUCAGGCUCAUCCAUGGGAAGUGGCAGCAAUCUCCAUUCAUCGGGUGGAAUGGGAAGCUCAUUUCAUGGAUCUUCCGGUGGAUCAUCAAGCUCUUUUCAUGGCUCGUCAAGUGGAUCUUCAGUUAUAGGCGCAGGUUCAUUUCAAGGAUCAUCCGGUUUAGGCACGGGUCAUUUUGGUGGAGGUGGAGGUGGAGGAGGAGGUGGAGGAGGAGGUGGAGGAGGAGGUGGAGGUGGAGCUGGAGGUGGAGGUGGAGCUGGAGGUGGAGGCGGCUUUCAACAAAUUAGCAGUGGAGGAUCCAGUGGUGGCGGUGGCGGUAUAAUAAAUCCACCUAGACUGCCAGGAGGACUAAACCCAAAUGAUAUUCCCGUUUCUAAAGGCUGCAAGAAGUUUGGAGGGGGUGGAUCUGGCCAUGGAACCGGCGUUGGAGGAGGAAACCUGGUUUCCGGAGGUGGUGGUGGUGGUACUGGAGGUGGCUUUUCUCAAAUUUCCCAGUCACAAAAUCAAGGAUCAAAUCAACAAGGUGGAUUUUCUCAAAUUUCCCAGUCACAAAAUCAAGGAUCAAAUCUACAAGGUGGAGGCGGAUCACAGUUUCAAGGCUCCAAUCAAUCAGGUGGAGGUUCAUCUGGAGGUUUUUCCCAGCAAGCACAAUCUGGAAAAUAGAUCCUUAGUGUGGCAUGCACAAUAACUACUGAAGUGAAUAUUCAACAUCGGAUGUGCCGAAAUACAAAAAUUGCUGAGAAGCUUAAAAAAGAAGGGAUUGUAAAUAAUUUAUUUUUGUACAAAUUGUCCUCCCCACCUCUAUUCGCUCCCCGAAGAUGUAUUAAUUGACCCAUUUACAGAUGCAUGGAUGAAUCUUGGUGCUUGUCCUCUGGUCAUCUCAGGAUUUCCCAAUUACAACUUGCGCUCAUCUUCUCAAUAAGCUCUUGUGAAGAGCAAUUUUGUGCCAUACAAAGUGUUUUUUUUUUUUUUAUCUCUUUUUAAAUAAAAAUGUGAAGUGUUAAUUUCUACAUGUGCAAUAAAACUUGCAUAGGAUUUGUUCUAA